AGUUGUACCAAAUACAUGGUCUUUGUUUACAGUUUUAGUAUUUAAGUUGCUUCACUUUGGCGGAGCAUCAGGUUGGAUGCUGGAGAACAAGCCUUUGCGACUCUGAAGACUAUUCAGCCAUGCAGUCUGUAUUCCUAAUCCAAGCUCUGCUCUCCAGUAUCGUCUGGGAUCCGGUGAGAAUGACAGUCAUCUUUAGUGUUGCUCCCUACCAGCUAUUUGCAGCGGAGUCACUCAGCGGCACUACUGAAACUGUAGACCCUAAACAAGUCUUCACUGUUCCCCCUGAUCAGGGUCCAAAAGCAAAUGAAAUUGAUCCAGUCGCAGAUGGUGGGAAUCGAGCAAGUUCCCAGAUUGCUGUAACCUUUCCAGCAACCUUUAACGAGGCAGAUGGAGUGGUAAACAAGAACCUUCCAGAAGCAAUAGCCGGGAUCAACACUGCAUCUCAACAACAGAUCACUUCAAAAGUGCUUGCUGAUGUAACUCCAGGUGUCUCAAACCAUCCCACAAUGAAAGAAAAUCCUGGAGAGCUACUGCUCCAAGGCCAGACAGAAAACCUUGGUGGGUGUAACAAUCUUUCUUGUCCAAGAGGUGAAAAAGGUGAUGCUGGAAACCCUGGUCCCAUAGGCCUUCAGGGACCAAAGGGAGAAAAAGGAGAACAUGGUGAACCAGGUGCAAAAGGUGAAACUGGACUGAAAGGGGAUAUUGGAGAGAAGGGAGAAAUAGGUCUGCCUGGGCAAAAGGGGGAGCAAGGUCCAAUAGGGCUCGAAGGAGCUCCUGGCAUAAAAGGGGAUCAGGGGAUCCAGGGAAGAGCGGGGCCUCCUGGCCAGUGGGGGCCAACAGGACUUCCAGGCCGCAAAGGAGAAAAGGGACAAAAGGGGGAUUGUAGACCCGUUGAACCCACAGCCUUUUCGGUGGCUCUUCAGAAAAGGAGACCCUUGCCUUUGCCAGGAGCCCCAGUGAUAUUUGAGAAUGUGCUUCUGAAUGAAAAUGAAGGCUAUCAUGAAGAAACAGGUAUAUUUACUGCCACUGCUGGAGGUUUCUAUGUUUUCAACUAUCACCUGGGUGUUUCUGGGGGGUCAGUAAAGGUUGGGCUUUUCCACAAUGGUCAAAACAUUCUCCAGGGAUCAAGUGCAAGGCAGUUUCCCCAGAACGUUAGCCAAGUUUCUGGCUCAACGUUGGUCCAGCUUUCUGAAGAUGACGAAAUCUGGCUUCAGAUUCUGAAUGCCUCUCAGAAUGGCGUGAUGGUCGAUGAAACCACAGAUUCUGUGUUUUCAGGGUUCUUGUUAUACCCUGAUUCUGCAAAAAUGGGGAGCAUGCACUUGCCCUGUGCCAUCUUUAUCCUAAUAAUCACUAUUGCUAAUCUGAAGAUAGAGGGCAAAAGUACCCCUUUCCCAAAAUUUACUAAGAUAAAAGCUGUUGGAAGGGUAGCUACGGAGAACCAUGAUGCUUCAGAUGCACUACCCACUGAAGAUGGUCUCUUCACUGAAGUAUCCGAAAUGAGCGACACAACGACAGAAUUGUCUUCUCCUAAUUAUGCCUUCAGAACAGCCACCACACUCUUCCCUUUUGAAAAUUUUACCCUUGACUCAUCUGACUUUUUCUUUAACUGCUGUGAUUGCUGUCCUCCAACCCCAGGAGAGAAGGGAGAACCUGGAGAACCCGGAAUGCCAGGUAUUAAAGGAGAUAUGGGAGAAAAGGGCCUUCCAGGUUUACCAGGAGCUCCUGGACUACAAGGCCCAAAAGGAUUAAAAGGAGACAAAGGAGAUAAAGGGGAACAUGGUGAGCAAGGAGCAAAUGGAACCCCAGGAUAUCCAGGCAAACCAGGAGAACAAGGUGAAAUUGGAUUUAAAGGAGACAAAGGAAAUCAUGGUCUGCCAGGAGUUAAGGGACAAAAGGGCUCCAAGGGAGAAACUUGUGAAAAUGGCACCAAAGGAGAAAAAGGAGACAAGGGGGACCUGGGAUUACCAGGUGUGGAUGGGGAAAAUGGAGAAAAGGGAGAAAAGGGAGAUGUUGGUGAAAAGGGUUACUGUGGGGAUCCUGGGGAAAAGGGAGAAAGAGGAGAAAGAGGGGAAAGGGGACUCAAAGGAGAAAAGGGCAACAAAGGAGAUGUAGGAGUGGAAGGUGGACCUGGUGAGGAUGGGCAAAAGGGAGAAAAGGGAGACCCUGGUGUGAGAGGUGAGAAAGGUGAGCCUGGUCCAGUUGGGAUGAUGGGGCCUUCUGGGAUGAAAGGAGUUCCUGGCUUGAAAGGCAUGAGGGGGCCUCCUGGGAAGAAAGGUGCAAGGGGUCCCAAGGGCUCAAAGGGUGAGGCCAUAAGAGCCCCGCGAUCAGCAUUUAGCGUUGGCUUAUCCAAGCCAUUCCCACCCCCCAACACACCCAUUAAGUUUGACAAGAUACUUUACAAUGAACAGGAAGAUUACAAUCCUUUGACGGGGAAAUUUAAUUGCUCCGUUGCCGGGGCUUACAUCUUUUCUUAUCAUAUGACAAUACGAGGGCGGCCUGCCCGAAUCAGCAUCGUAUGUCAGAACAAGAAGAUGAUCAGAAGCCGGGAAACCCUCUAUGGCCAAGAGAUAGACCAGGCGUCCUUCCUUACCAUUUUGAAAUUAAAUGUUGGGGAUCAUGUUUGGCUGGAAGUCACACGAGAUUGGAAUGGGGUUUAUGUUAGUGCUGAAGAUGACAGCAUAUUUUCUGGCUUCCUUUUAUAUCCAGAUGAAAUACUGGACACCUUGCUAUGAAUAUGGCAUGCGGAUCUGAGUGAAGUAUCUGGGAAUAUCCCCUUUUUCUCUUGUUUAUUUUUAAAAGCAUAUUUUCUGAUCCAGAUCAUAGUUUAUAUAUUUAUAUUUUUAAUAAAUAUACACACAUUAAUGAAAAGUGCCUUGAAAUACAUGGCAUUAAUCAGCACAUAAGAAAAUAGAAAUGCAUUUUGCAAAAGGUUAUAGAAAGUUUUCCAAAAGAUUUUGUGUUUUAAUUCUGUGGACAUUAGAUAAUUAAAGUUACCAGUUUUAUCAAUCGGGAUAUCAAUUCAGUUAUAGGAUAUGGCAGACAUGAUCAAGUCUUUUACUUCUCCACUCAUGACCUUUAGAGUUGGCACUGAUAUUUUAUAAUGCAAAUGAGUCUGGAAUUGUAGGAUUUUCCCCAGUGUAGCUUGCAUUAAAUUGCUAAAAUAUCAUUUGAUCAUUUCUUCAAAACACAUCUAUAGUGUUAAGAAAAAUUACUUAUUAAUUCAGAUUGAGUGCUAAUGUAAAACAAUGACAGUUUCAAUCUAGAAAUUGUAUCAUGUAAUCAGUGUAUUAAAGAAAGAGUGUAUCCACUCAUCAGAAUGACUUUCAAACACUUAAAUGAAU